GGUAUUGAGAACAUCCUCAGGAGGAGGAACCAAGAUUUUUCUAUUUGCAUAACAUCACUUCCCUACCAGCGUCAAAGCAAACACGCUCCAGAAGGUGUAAAUGACACUAAUCGAGAAACGGCGCAAUGUUUUGGAUGAAAACGUACCCUUAGAUUUGGUCGAUAGCUGCCAUUUCGGGUUAUUCGACCAUACACGAACGAUUCAAGAAGUCCAAACGAAGUGCGCAUUCAAUUCUAAAAUCUUACAGUCAUCACUUUGAAGAAGAUAUAUGCAUAGACAGUGAUAAAAGACGUGCUGUGACUUCAGCUUGACCAUUGAGCGUUCCAGUUUCAUCUGUGGAAGACGUUUUGCUCUAGAGUGUUGAACCCACUACGUGAUAUGGAGAGACAACACUGUUGAAAUAAAUACCGGCAUUUUCUUUUUCCUGACCUAAACACAAAUCAUGGAAAGCUGACGGCGAGGACCUUGAGUGACACCCUUUGCCAGGGAAGAAAACCCUCUCUUUACAGAGUCAAGGACGCUAAGACUCCAUAUCAGACUCUUCCUUCAUCUGCAAAUCAGCUGACCUAAGAGCUGUCAUGGCGGCGUACGGACAGACCCAGUACAGUCCAGCCCUCCAGCCUGCGGGACCCUACACACCGUAUACAUACCACACCCAGGGCUACAGCAUGCCCUCAUACAACAUUAAGACAGAAGAUGGCCUCGGCCACUCUCCAGGACAGAACAGUCUGCUGAGCUACUCCAACUUCAGCAGCACUCCCCCAAGCCAGGGCCUCUACAGCUACUCCACACACGGUAGCAGUAUUUCUUCUGGGAUUUUCCAGGGAGCCAACCCCAUCACAGGCUCAACUCCAUUCAACCCCACACAACAGGACUUCUCAGCGUACUCUAGCUACAGCCAAAGCCAGUACUCGCCAUACUACAACACACACUACAACACCCCGUACCUCGCAAGCAGCAACAUCAGCCCUAGCGCCAUCACCACGCCCAUACCCUAUCAGCAUCCAGAACACCCUGCCGUGGUGCCCAAUCACAGCCCUGAGUCCCACCCAGGAGAGUACCAUCCGCCCCCUAGCCCCCCCACCCCAGGGAAAGAGCCAGAGGGGGUGCCAGCCAGACGGAGCUCAGACGGGAAACUGAGGGGCAGGAAAAGAGUCAGUGACCCACAGCCCCCCCUGGACUCAGAUAUAGAGCGUGUGUUUGUGUGGGACCUUGACGAGACCAUCAUAAUUUUCCACUCUUUGCUCACAGGGAGCUUCUCCACGCGAUUUGGCAAGGACUCAUCCAAGGCAGUGUCGCUGGGGCUGUGGAUGGAGGAAAUGAUCUUCAACUUGGCCGACUCACGGCUAUUUUUCAACGACCUGGAGGAAUGUGACCAAGUUCAUAUUGAUGACGUGGCGUCAGACGACAAUGGGCAGGACUUGAGCAUGUAUAACUUUGGCACGGACGGUUUCCAGAGCCCUGCGGGUGCCGGCACUCUGUGCCUGGGCUCAGGUGUCCAUGGUGGGGUGGACUGGAUGAGGAAACUAGCCUUCCGCUACCGGAGAGUAAAGGAGAUCUACAACACAUACAAGAACAACGUGGGAGGUUUGGUGGGCAGUCCCAAGCGGGAGGAAUGGCUGCAGCUGCGGAGGGAGAUGGAGGUCCUGACAGAUCUGUGGCUGACCCAGGCUGUCAAGGCCCUGGCCCUCAUUAACUCCAGACCAAACUGUGUGAAUGUGCUGGUGACCACCACCCAGCUGAUCCCAGCCCUGUCCAAGGUCCUGCUCUACGGUCUGGGCUCAGCGUUCCCCAUAGAGAACAUCUACAGUGCCACCAAGACAGGGAAAGAGAGCUGCUUUGAGCGUGUGGCCCAGAGGUUCGGCCGGCGAGCAGUGUACGUGGUCAUAGGGGACGGAGUGGAGGAAGAGUCUGUAGCCAAGAAGAAGAACAUGCCUUUCUGGAGAGUGUCAUGUCGGCCUGACCUCGAGGCUCUAAGUCAUGCACUGGAGCUGGACUACCUCUAGUGGGCGCUAUAACAAUCCCAUCAUGCCUUUAGCCAGUUCCUGCCUGGUGAUGCCGCUUCCUGUCCAAUGGACCAAUUGGGUUGAGGGCGGCGACGAUUCACCACCACACAAAAGCAAAGAAUGACGGGCCAAUCUUUGUAUCAGCAGGGAAUCGCAAUUGUUACUGGAAAUUUUACAUGUGCUUUCACACGUUCACACAGGGACUUUUACAUGUGAAAGGUAUCCCACUUUGGAACUUUAGAGCGUUGCACUGAAAAUAAUGACCAAGGUCAGGGAUGGGCAACUGGUGGCCUCAGCAGUUUCUCUUGUUAUGUCAAUUAGCCCAUAUCAGCUAAAAUGUUUUAGAUUGGUAAGUUUGUCUAGCGGUCAGCUAUCUAAACCAGCAAUCAUGGUUGAAUUACCGGCCCGGGGGCCACCAUUGAUUUUGUUAGUCAGUCUCACUCAGAUAUCAUAUUAAAUACUGCAAACAUUUCUCUCCAGCCUAUGGCAAAAUGUGUAGAAUUACAAAAAUGUUGCUGUAAAACAGCAAAUGUUCUUCUCCGUCCAUGGCAAAAUGAGUAGAAUUGCAGGAAAUGUUACAAAAUCGCUAAAUCUUCUUUCCGCCCCAUGGCAAAAUGUGUAGAAUUGCAGGAAAUGUGUUGCAAAAUUGCUAAAUCUUCUUUCCGCCUCAUGGCAAAAUGUGUAGAAUUGUAGCAAACUUUCUUUAAAGCUCCACAUUUUCUCUACACCCCAUGGAAAAAUGUGUAGAAUUGCAUGAAAUUAACUAUAAAACGUUAAAACAAUGUCUCUCCGCUGUCAAGAGGAGGGCUGCUAAAAUGCUUUGCUAUCAAUGUGGUUGGUGUGACCCUCAAGCAACUACCAUCCCUCAUAAUGAGUUCAGUUUUUUGUCCCCCCCAGACCCAUCAAAGUUGCAAAUGCCUGACCUAGGUGAUCUACAGUUGAAGUCGGAAGUUAACAUACACCUUAGCCAAAUACAUUUAAACUCUGUUUUUCACCAUUCCUGACAAUUAAUCCUUGUAAAAAAUCACCGUCUUAGGUCAGUUAGGAUCACCACAUUAUUUUAAGAAUGUGAAAUGUCAGAAUAAUAGUAGAGAGAAAGAAAAAAAAAAAUCAGCAUUUAUUUCUUUCAUCACAUUCCCAGUGGGUCAGAAGUUUACAUACACUCAAUUAGUAUUUGGUAGCAUUGCCUUUAAAUUGUUUAACUUUGGUCAAACGUUUCGGGUAGACUUCCACAAGCUUCCCACAAUAAGUUGGGUGAAUUUUGGCCCAUUCUUCCUGACAGAGCUGCUGUAACUGAGUCAGGUUUGUAGGCCUCCUUGCUCGCACACGCUUUUUCAGUUCUGCCCACAAAUUUUCUAUAGGUUUAAGGUCAGUGCUUUGUGAUGGCCACUCCAAUACCUUGACUUUGUUGUCCUUAAGCCAUUUUGCCACACCUUUGGAAGUAUGCUUGGGGUCAUUGUCCAUUUGGAAGACUCAUUUGCGACCAAGCUUUAACUUCCUGACUGAUGUUUUGAGAUGUUGCUUCAAUAUAUCCACAUAAUUUUCCUCCCUCAUGAUGCCAUCUAUUUUGUGACGUGCACCAGUCCCUCCUGCAGCAAAGCACCCCCACAACAUGAUGCUGCCACCCCUGUGCUUCACGGUUGGGAUGGUGUUCUUCGGCUUGCAAGCCUCCCUCUUUUCCUCCAAACAUAACGAUGGUCAUGAUGGCCAAACAGUUCUAUUUUUGUUUCAUCAGACCAGAGGACAUUUCUAGAAAAAAUACGAUCUUAGUCCCCAUGUGCAGUUGCAACCCGUAGUCUGGCUUUUUUAUUGGUGGUUUUGGAGCAGUGGCUUUCUUCCUUGCUGAGCGGCCUUUCAGGUUAUGUCGAUAUAGGACACGUUUUACUGUGGAUAUAGAUACUUUUGUACCUGUUUCCUCCAGCAUCUUCACAAGGUCCUUUGCUGUUGUUCUGGGAUGGAUUUGCACUUUUUGCACCAAAGGACGUUCAUCUCUAGGAGACAGAACGCAUGUCCUUCCUGAGCGGUCUGACGGCUGCGUGGUUCCAUGGUGUUUAUACUUGCGUACUAUAGUUUGUACAGAUGAACGCGGUACCUUCAGGAGUUUGGAAAUUGCUCCCAAGGAUUUUUUUGGCUGAUUUCUUUUGAUUUUCCCAUGAUGUCAAGCAAAGAGGCACUGAGUUUGAAGGUAGGCCUUGAAAUACAUCCAUAGGUACACUUCCAAUUGACUCAAAUUAUGCAUAUUAGCCUAUCAGAAGCUUCUAAAGUCAUGACAUUUUCUGGAAUUUUCCAAGCUGUUUAAAGGCACUGUCAACUUAGUGUAUGUAAACUUCUGACCCACUGGAAUUGUGAAACAGUGAAUUAUAAGUGAAAUAUUCUGUCUGUAAACAAUUGUUGGAAGAAUCACUUGUGUCAUGCACAAAGUAGAUGUCCUAACUGACUUGCCAAAACUAUAGUUUGUUAACAAGAAAUUUGUGGUUGAAAAACGAGUUUUAAUCACUCCAACCUAAGUUGAUGUAAACUUCCGACUUCAACUGUAAGUGCAUUUAGUCCUUACGUGGGGGAUGAUUAGUUUAUUUUUUUGUUGUGUGCUCACUUUUCUUAUUAGGAAUGGGAUAGAGGAAAUUGUUAAGAUAAGAGACCUUCUAGUAGACACUACCAGCAAGUUAUUAAAGAUAAAUCCUACCUUGACUUGAUCUUUUCACAUGGCUUUUUUGAUAUAUUGUACAUUUCUAUUACAACUAUGGCCCCAAUAGUAGCUGUCUCAUUCAGCAGGUUAUUGAUUCAUUCAUAGUCUAAAUAUUUAUAUUUUUUUACCUAUAAUUUGUGACCUAUGGUAUUUAUUGAUCAGUUCAGUUAUGCCUGAUCAAAAUGAUAUUGUAGAUGAAAAUACAAAAAUCAGUCAAGUGUCCAAUCACAAAAUUAUGAGCUGAGACCCAAAAGAAAGAAAUGGGAGAGGAUUUUCGCAAAACCUACCAGCGACAAUUAUCCAAAAAUGAAGAUGGAGAUAGCAACCAUUUUCUGAUUUUACCAUACCAUUUGAUUUAAAGUCCAUUGACCCAUGAUAUGUCAUAAAUCAAUGAAUUUAAUAUUCUAUUGAUUUGCAACAAACACUUAUGCAGUCAAUCUAAACCGGACAAAUUACUUCCAAUCCAACCGGAGAUGACUGUUUAAUGUUAUCUAAUAUACCAAAGAUUAAUACUCAAAUAUCUUAUCCAUUCCAUGCCAUUCUUUGAAAAAAAAGUGGUAAAAGCCAACUCUGCAUCCUUCAUUUGCAACUAAGCAAAGAGGUUCAGAAAGACAGACAAAAAGACAAACAGACAAAGCAACCUGACAAAGCACAAGGAAAUCAUAUACUUAACUUAAGAAAUAUAAAUUCCUUGUGAAAAGUCUUUUUAGCGUAUACGUUUGUCAUGGAGAGGACUUAGGGCUCUAUUCAAUCCGCAUCGCGGAAGUUCAGCUUUAAAGCGUGACUGAAAUUUAAAGGCAAUGUUCCUGCUUUAGCGGGGAUUGCAUUCACAAUGGGUCGGCUCAAUCGUAAAUGACCUUUACAUUUCUAUCCCAGAAUAUGUAACACUUCAGGUUUACAGAUUGAAUAGAGCACUUGGUCUGGUGAUUGAAUCUUAUUCUGUUUCUUGAAUUGAUGGGUGUACAAUUGUUAUCUUUCUCCAUGAAUGUUUAUAUAGCCUGUAUGUAAUGAAAAUGGUAUGAUUGUCUUUGGACAUGCAUGUGCCUAUUACACUGCCUGUCAGCUUAGCUAUGAUUUGUAUAUAAGGUUUUAUUGUUGAUUUGUUUUGACGGACAAUUCUAAUAGAUUAAUAAAGAUAAAUUAAUUACA